AUGUAUUGCCAGAAAUGCAGGACUCCUUUGAAACUCGACAACUCUUUGGAGCACCUCAAUCCGUCCUCUUUCAAAAUCUUAGUCGACUCGACGCCUUCUCUACCAAGCCAUACUCCUCAACCACCCAAAACGCUCGCUGCUCGCGAACGGAGAGACGUAUAUGACAAGGCUUCUCAAAAUGCCGGUCCCGCUCAGCAAAAGCGGUCAAUACAGGCUCCGCAAAAGACUGCCAACUUCAAUCCUGCCAUGUCUUACGUGAUGUUAAGUGAAUCUCAGCUUGGACCUAUGUCACCGGAAGACUCUAGCCCUUUCAAAAAGGCCCCUGAGAAGGACUCAAAGUCUCCAGACCAGCAUGACUCAACUAGUCUCUCUACCGAGAUUGAGAGAAUCCUACGCUUAUGGGAGAUCUUAUCUUCUCGCUCUGAUAUCGACCAUCCGGUAUGCUCAGAAUGCACCGAUCUAUUACUGGCUGGUCUCCAACAACGUCAAACAACGGCGAACCGUGAACGUCAGGCAUAUGGGGAGUUCCUCAAAAAGGCAAAGGAGGGCGUUCCUUCACAGGAAGAGCAACGCCAGGCCCGCGAAGCUCUGGCUGCUGCGAAACAACAAGAGGAAAAAGCUCUUAGGGAGUUGGAGGCCCUUGAAGCGGAAAAGACUGCCAUGGAAGAAGAAAUCGCUGCCCUCAACCGCGAAGAAGCCGAACUCGAAGAAGAGGAAGCCGCUUUCUGGCGUGAACGCAAUGACUUUGAUAACACUGUCACUAAAUUCAGAGAACAAAACGACAGCUUACUCAACCAACUUCAGUUUGACACAAAGUUGCUUGAAGCUCUGCAGCGAACAAAUGUCUACAAUGACUCGUUCUGCAUUGAUCAUGACGGUCCGUUUGGCACAAUCAACGGAUUGAGAUUAGGCAAGCUUCCAGAUCACGCUGUCGAAUGGCCGGAAAUCAACGCUGCAUGGGGUCUUUGUGUCUUACUAUUGACGGUCGUCGCUGAGAAGCUAGGCUGCACUUUUCACGGCUUUAGGCCUCUUCCAAUCGGCUCUACAUCAAGAAUCGAGAAGCUCGAAUAUCCAGCGAAUGAUCAAUCACGAACUGGCAAGCCAAAGGUCACAAGUCUUGACCUUUUCUGCAACAGUGAUCUUCCUCUCGGAUUGGGCUUCCUGCAUCGUGGCUUCGAUAAUGCCAUGGUUGCGUUCCUCGAAUGUCUUCGACAGCUGGGCGAGCAUGUUGAGCAAUCUCCCUCAUAUGUCGGCGCGUCUGCUCUAAGUCGCAAACUUCCUUACAAGAUAAGUAAGGACAAGAUUGGUGAUAACAGCAUCAAGCUUGGAACCUUCAAUCAGGAGGAAGCUUGGACGAGGGCAUGCAAAUACACGUUGACGUGCUGCAAAUUUCUGCUCGCGCAUGCUAGCCAUGUUGAUGAUCUGAAGCAGGAUGGUCAAGCGGCUUGUUAG